UCGAUUCCACUCGCGAAUUAUGUCAGUCGAAUAAAAUCAACAGAAGAUAAAUGCAAAAUUAAUGUUAUUUGCUGAUUUUAAAAGAAACCAUCUGUUUCAGGAAAGAAAAUAAUAAUUUUUGAUUAAUUGUUGUGAAAGUGAUUAGUUCUGUUAGGGAAUAAUAAGAUACGGAAUCCUUACUCACACUUCCCACCCCCAUCUCUUACGGUAGUUUGUAUUUUAGAUGCAGAGUCAGGCAGAGAAUGGUGGCGGUGGGGCGUCGACGGGUCCGGCAGGGGGUGACCCCUACGCGCUCCUGGGGUCCAUGAUCAUGCUGACCCAGUCGAAGGCCAAGACGAGCAUACUGGACAAGUCGCUGAGCAAGGGGAAGACCGACAUGCACCUCAGCGGAUUCGCCCUCCUCUUCUCCGAAAUCGUCCAGUACUGCCAAAACAGGAGCAACAGCGUUUCAGAACUGCAUUCAAAGCUGUCCGACAUGGGGAAACAAGUUGGAAUCAAAGUUAUUGAUCUUAUUGUCCUCCGGGAGAAAAAUUAUAAACGGGAAAUCAAGCUCUUAAACAUGUUGCUGUUUAUAAGAUCUACAGUCUGGAAGACGCUGUUUGGGAAAGAAGCAGACAAACUAGAACAUUCAACAGAUGACAACAGACAAUAUUAUAUUUUGGAAAAGGAACCUCUAGUAAAUAGAUUUAUAUCUGUUCCUAAAGACAAAGGGAAUCUGAACUGUGCGGCGUUCAAUGCUGGAAUUGUUGAAGGUGUUUUGGAAACUUCGGGAUUUCCAGCUAAAGUCAUUGCACAGUGGCAUAAAGGAAUUACUUACUACGUUAUUGAAUUUGAUGAGUCUGUCAUUACCAGAGAUAAACAACUCGAUGAACGCUAAACAUCUUAUGAAACUUAUGCAAUGUUUUAAUUUUAUAAAAUUGUUUUUUUUUCUGGAUGAAUAUUUAAGAAUAAAUUAAGCACUAUUGGUCAGUCCAAUUUAGUCUGUCAAUAUUAA